AUGGCCGACAGGGAGUCUGCACACAUACAAGUCGGGAUUCUCACAGUAAGUGAUUCAUGCUUCAAUGGAACAGCCAUAGAUCGCAGCGGAGAGAGCCUCAAACAGUUGGUGGAGUCGGGAAAGUUUAUCAGCGCUACAGUUGUAACCAAGGAUAUUCUACCUGAUGAAUAUGACCAAAUUAAGGCCAAACUUCUUCAUUGGAGUGAUAACCUGAAGCUGGACCUUAUAUUGACUACUGGUGGAACCGGUUUCUCCCUCCGGGAUGUGACACCAGAGGCAACAAAAGCUGUGCUAGAAAGAGAAGCUCUAGGAAUGACUGUAGCCAUGCUGAAAGGAUCAUUGGAGAUUACUCCUCUAGCUAUGCUUACCAGACUGACUUGUGGAACAAGGGGAAGAACUCUGAUUAUCAACUUGCCAGGAAGCACGAAAGGAUCUGCGGAAUGCUUUGAAAUUGCUUCCAAGGGAAUACCUCAUGCAGUGGAUUUGUUGCGAGGACACAAGCAAAGUGUGGAGAAAACGCAUAUCACCCUUCAGAGUGAAGGAAUCAGAUCAGCACAUGGCAGCCAUCAUCAUCAGCAUUCUGGAGAUCAUGGCCACAAGCUGACUGGUCACUGUGGUCACAGCAAGAGUGUGGACAGUGGUCACCAUCAACCAUCUGCUGAUGGCUCUAACUUGACCCCACACCCUCAUCCUCCAUCUGACGGUGACAGAGGCCACAGCUGUCAUCAGCGGCAUCACCAUGGACAUGUUCACAGUCAUGUGAAUGCUGGACAGGUAGCUAUGCGACCGAGGAAAUCUCCUUACCCAAUCAUCACAGUGGAGGAAGCUCUGGCUUUGGUUCUGGAGAAUACUCAUGUACUGCCCACGGAAGAUGUCUGCUUUAAAGAUGCCUUGGGGAGAUAUCUGGCCACUUCUGUGUAUGCAGCUGAUCCAUUACCGCCGUUCCCA